GACAAUCGUAUCCCAAAUGUCGUAAACAGUCCUGUUAAACAUUCUAUAUAUGCGUGAAGUAUACAUGUAUUUAAUAAAUCGAUUAAGCUAAGCUUUACAAUGGGAAUAAAGUCGUUGGAAGGAUUAGAUUUAACUAAAGCAUUUCGAACGCAGAAGGCUUCAGAAUGCACAAUUACUGCGCUCGAUCCCUCGGGGUUCGAACAUUCCAGAAACCGGAAGUUGAACUCCGCCAUUCCAGCGUUGGAGAAUAGCAGGAGUCACGCUUUUGCCGUAAACGGAGGCGCCAAAAGGCCGCCUCUGACCCGCCGAAAGAGCCUGGACGGCUCUACAAACUCCAUUACACUGCCACCACUGGAGCGCAGCCGCACUGACCUAGGUAGCCUAGUGACAGCAAACAGGCGACCGAAAUCGCCAACCCCAAAUCACACGAUGAUCAACAAACGAGAUCCAAACCUGCUGCGAACCCCCGACUUCCGGGCACUGCUUACUACUUCCGCCCCAAUUCCCAACCUACUGGACCCGCCGCCACGAACCGCCGAGCGGAAGACUCCGCCCCGGAAACCCCUAAAAUUGUGGAGGAACGAAGUGUCCAAGGAGGUGCCGUCCCGGCCCCCGAUAGCCCUUCGAUCCGAUUGGAAGGCCCCUCCGGCCGAGUGGGACGACAGAGACCAGUACAUCUACGGGGCCAAGCCCGUCUUCUACACGAACCUCAAGUACGCCAACAGCAAGGACUUUACCAUCAACCCAGAAUGGCUCUCCGAAUUCAUGACCGUCUCCACGUAUUCCAAUGCCUAUCGCACAUGCGCACUGAGAUAUGGCUGGUGUGCCUAGCGCGCGUGGGAUUAAUUGCCCGAGGAUUUUGAUGUUAUUGUUGUUUAUGGUAAAAUGUUCGAGUUAAUAUACGUUGAUAAAAUAAAUACUAUCAUACCUGCCA